AUGGACGCCACCCCUGUCGAAGAAGCCCACAACACGGGCGUCGUCCCUAUCGGAGACGCCCGCAGACUAAUGAACGAAAUGGAAGCGCCGAUUAAGGAGAUUGUUGAAAAAGCACUGCAAAAGCAAGCCAACGAAAUUGCAGAGCGUACCCAAAGGCUCAAGGGAGAUAUGAGCAUCGCACAUAAGAAGGAGGUGGACGAACUGAAGCGCCAGCUUGAAGCUGUGAGUGGUGAGAUGGAGAAGAGAGAGGUCGAGAGGAGUGAGUGGCAUGCUGAGAAGAAGAAACUGAUGGAAAAGCUGGCUCCGCUUGAGGUCUGGGCACGCAUCAUCCUUCCCGACGCGUCCAGCGCCGCGUAUAAGAAGUCCUCGAAUAGAGCGGCGGCAUGGAGGGUUGACGGAAAGUAUUCCAUCUGCUCGACUGGAGUCGCCACCAAGGACACUAGCAAGAUUGCCAAACCCAAGAACAUCAAGGACACCAACAAGAACGCCAGCACCAAUAUGGGACAUAGCUCUACCAACACUCCAAACUCCUCGUCCUCAUUCAUAUACGACCGCGUCUUCGAUCCUGCUUCCACGAACCUCGACGUCUACAAUGCGCUAAGCGUAUAUGUCAAGCACGGCGUCGAGUCUAAACACCUCAUGCUCUUCAUGUACGGGCAGUCAGGAACCGGCAAAUCUCAAACCUUGAUUCAUCCAUAUAAAUCGAAGUCCGCGCCUGGCGACAAGCGCGACCAUAGCCCCUUGAUCGAACGCAUACUUGAAAAAGCCUUCGCCCAACGCAUCGAUGGGGAUGGUCAUGUGUCGGCACGCAUUACAUGUCUUGAAUACCGCUCCGGCCACUUCUAUGACUUGGCCGCGGCGAAGGCUGUGGCCACGGGGAAGAGUAAAUCUAUGCUAUUUACGCCGAAAGACGGCACGUACAGAAUUAAAGACGAGACUGCCCGAUCUCACGAACUCAUCGCUCCUAUCUUUACCUCAGCUGAAAACGCGAUCAACCAUAUUCGGGCUUCGGACGGAAAGCGGGGAGAGGGUAAGACAACCGAGAAUAAUAAGAGUUCGAGAGGGCAUGCAUGGUACGAGGUUCGCAUGUACCCCAGCAGCAAGAAGAAUGGCAACGACGGGCAAAAAGACCGUAAAGAAGAAGAAGAUGCGGCUCUGGGCGUGUACACGUUCUUCGAUCUCGGCGGGCUGGAGCCGCUGCAGAAUGGUUCCGGGGGAGUGCAUGGCGCGAAGAAAGAGAGCAGUACUCUGACCGAUGCGUUGAAAGCGCUCAACACGCCGCUCAGGGUAAUUGCAGCAGGGAAGUCGGACUGGGGGGCGCCAAGCGAUAAUAUGACUGACCUGGCCAUUUAG